AUGUCUUCGACCGAGCGUCUUCGGAAGGCCGUUUUAAAGACGAAAGAAGCUGAGCUCCGCCAGCUAGACAAGGACAUUCUCGAUAUCACGGAAGACGAGGCUAUUGAAGGAGAAGUCGAGGGCGCAAACGACUACCACGAGAAGAUUCUGUACGCGAUUGCUGAUGCGCUGUUCUUCCUGUCACAGCCUCAACAGGCGACCGGUCUCAGCGGCCUGUCUAGGAGUGAACCCAAUGACGAACGGGUAGCAGCCACCCAGAGCAACAUCGGAUCUGCUGGGGCGCCGCCAGGACCCGUCAGUACGCCACGCUACCGGUCGGUCGCGCUUCCGACGCUUCAGGUCCCGACGUAUGCCGGAGAUUUACUAUUUGCUGCAUACCUGACGGGAGCGGCCAAGCGAGCUAUCGAAGGCAUCAGGCUGGCUGAUAACAACUAUGAAAUUGCCGUGACAACACUGAAAGAGCGCUUCGGUCGACAGGAAUUACUAGUCAACGAGCACAUCGACCAGCUUCUUGCAUUGUCGCCCGUGAGGAGUUCCAAGGAAGUGGAGGAGCUUCGGGUGCUGCAUGACACCGUGCGUUUCCGCGUAAGUGCGCUCGAAGGUCUUGGUGUACCACCUGAGCAGUACACUGUGGUGCUGCAUCGGGUGCUAAUGAGGUGCUUGCCAGAAGACUUGGCGAUAAUGUACCAACAGAAGAAGAAGCAGGAGAGCACGCGCGGUACUACUGCAUCAGCAGAGCCCACACCACCUGAAGCGAGAACGCACAAGGCGACCAACAUUUUAGCGUUCCUGAAAAUCCAGGUUGAAGUGCGUGAAGAAGGGAAGCGAGAAGCGGCUUCAUCGUAUACGCACAACUCGAUCACGGUACCUGGUGACAUGAGCUCGCCGACAAGAUCUUCACAGGGCAUUCCGUCGGCAUCCGCGCUAGCGGCGACGGAAUCCCUACAGCGGCGCAAGCCUUGUGUACUGUGCGACAGCCGAGGUCGCAGCCUGGCAGAGUGCACGGUCGACUUAUCCGCCGACGAGAAACGGGCCAGGUUGCUUAACGCUCGGUGCUGUUACAAGUGCGGAAUGCGCAAUCAUGUCGCACGGUUUUGCAGAGUCUCCCUGAGCCUUACGUGCAACAAGUGCCAAAGCCGACACCUAACGGUUCUUUGCGAGCUGUCACGAGCCGUCACCACGACCGCUGCUCCUGCACCAACAGUACCGAGCGGCUCGUCCGGCUCUGCCUCACGGACGGUAACUACGGCGUCAACUGGCGCUACAGAAGCCAAGUCGGUGCUGCUUCAGACGGGCCGUGUUUGGGCUGACAGCGGACCGCGACAGCUCCUGGUGCGUGUGAUGCUUGACAGCGGCAGCCAGCGUUCAUUCAUCCGCACCGACGUGGCCAAGAGAUUGCAGUGUAAAGUCAUUGGCACGGAAGAGCUCUCACUGGUAACGUUUGGAAAUGCCAAGCCACAGAAUCAUUUACGUUGUCGAUGCGUCUCUGUCACGCUGCGUGGACGAUUUAACAGCAGCACCGUCACAUUGGAAGCACUGGAAGUCCCCGAAGUGUGCACCGUGACAAGUCCACCGCUGAACAUUGAAGUGCUCGAGCUGUUGAGCGCCCGGAGGUAUGAUGCUGCGGACAUGUUUGACCCGGAAACUUGGCACCCAGAGGACGUCAGCAUAUUAAGUGGCUCGGACGCUUAUUGGAAGGUCGCCACUGGAAAGAUUGAUCGCCUCAACGAGCAACUCACUGCCGUGGAAACGUCGUUCGGGUGGACUGUGCAGGGCAGUAGCUCGCACUACGAAGCUAGAGCAACGAGUGCACUUUUCUUAUCGGCUGGUGGUUCUCAUCAAGAGUGCGAUGAAUCGGCUAUGUGGCGCCUCGACACUAUUGGUAGUGAAACCCGGUGGUCAAGUACUGUAAAAGACAACCCUGACCUCGACAUAUUUGAGCACUGUCUGAGCAAGCAAGCUGGUCGUUACCAAGUGCCCCUGAUGAUGCAGGAGCCUGGCAUACCGGCCGUGGAUGACCUCAUCCUUGGGGUGUCCACGGCGGAACAAGCCAUUGCUGUAUACCAGGAAACACGCGCCAUAUUCGCUGAUGCCUGCAUGGGGUUACGGAAAUGGGCAUCGAACUCCGACCUGCUAAAGCAACAGUUUAUCCAAGAUAACGUGGCCAUUGAGACUGAAGCAGGAGAUGACCAUUUCGUGAAGGUUUUGGGCGUGCUGUGGGAGCGUAAAGGCGAUACCAUCGCAUUGACAGUGCGCAACACAGCCUCCUUCGCCGCAAACAGACCGGCCACCAAGCGCACGAUCCUUCAAACCGUAGCCAGCGUUUACGAUCCGCUUGGUUAUCUCUCCCCAUUCACCGUGAAAGGGAAGCUAAUUUUCCAGGACCUGUGGAAGCGGAAGCACUCCUGGGAUGACACGCUGCCAGAUGAAGUACAAGCUGCAUGGAACGCGUGGUGCACCGAGUUGCCAGAUGUCCAGGCACAGGUUCCUCGCUACGUGUUUCUGCACGACUGCAGCGUAGAGCUGGCAUUUCAACUGCACAUAUUUACUGAUGCCAGUCCUAAGGCUUAUGGAGCCUUGUACGAUGUAAUUCUUGGGAACGUAAAAGGCGUGCGAGCUGCGGACGACCCGGCAGCCGCCGGCGGAGGACUGAGUGAAACAACAGCCGACGGAACAAAGGGCGACUGCCGCAGCCGUGACUGA